CUCCGGGCCGGUUUCGCCGGCCAGCGGCGGCCGGCCGAGACCCUGAAGGGACGCUCUCGGGGUGGCCUUCACGUCACGACAUCGCGCCGACUGCGUUGCCUCGGACGACUGCGACUUGGAGACCUGAUGGCCAAAAGAAAGGAAGAAAAUUUCUGCUCUCCUGAAAAUGCCAAAAGACCAAGACAAGAAGAAUUGGAAGAUUUUGAUAAAGAUGGUGAUGAAGAUGAAUGUACAAUUUCUUUCACUAAUGGUACAUCUACUUUGACUGCAGCAGAAGUUGGAAUAAUUGAGAGUAUUCAACUAAGAAACUUCAUGUGUCAUUCGAUGCUUGGACCUUUUAAAUUUGGUUCUAAUGUCAACUUUGUUGUUGGAAAUAAUGGAAGCGGAAAGAGUGCGGUGCUUACUGCUCUCAUAGUCGGUCUUGGUGGAAAAGCAGUUGCUACCAAUAGAGGAUCCUCUUUAAAAGGUUUUGUGAAAGCUGGACAGAACUCAGCAGAUAUCUCAAUAACAUUAAGGAACAGAGGAGAUGAUGCCUUUAGGGCGAAUGUGUAUGGCGAUUCUAUAGUUGUUCAACAACACAUCAGCAUGGAUGGAAGUCGAUCUUACAAAUUAAAAAGUGAAAAAGGGCACGUGGUUUCUACUAGGAAAGAAGAGCUGAUUGCAAUUCUUGAUCAUUUUAAUAUCCAGGUGGAUAAUCCAGUUUCUGUUUUGACGCAAGAGAUGAGCAAGCAGUUCUUACAGUCUAAAAAUGAGGGAGACAAAUACAAAUUCUUCAUGAAAGCAACCCAACUAGAACAGAUGAAAGAAGAUUAUUCAUAUAUUAUGGAAACGAAAGAAAGAACAAAGGAACAGAUAAAUCAAGGAGAAGAGCGACUUACUGAACUAAAGCGCCAGUGUUUGGAGAAAGAGGAACGAUUUCAAAAUAUUGCUGGAUUAAGUACCAUGAAGACUAAUUUAGAGUAUUUGAAACAUGAAAUGGCUUGGGCAGUGGUCAAUGAAAUUGAAAAACAGUUGAAUGCUAUUAGAGAUAAUAUCAGAAUUGGAGAAGAACGUGCUGCCAAACUUGACAGGAAAAUGGAAGAACAGCAGGUCAGACUUAAUGAUGCAGAAAAGAAGUACAAGGAUAUUCAAGAUAAAUUAGAAAAAAUUAGUGAAGAGACAAAUGCCCGAGCGCCAGAAUGUAUGGCAAUGAAAACAGAUGUCAUUGCAAAGACAAGAGCCUAUAACGAAGCUGAGGUUUUAUAUAACCGUUCCCUAAAUGAAUAUAAAGCAUUAAAGAAAGAUGAUGAACAACUUUGUAAAAGAAUUGAAGAACUAAAGAAAAGCACUGAUCAGUCUUUGGAACCUGAGCGGUUGGAAAGGCAAAGAAAGAUAUCUUGGUUAAAGGAGAGGGUAAAGGCCUUACAGGAUCAGGACAAUUCGAUCAAUCAAGAGAUUGAACAGUUUCACCAAGCCAUAGAAAAAAGCAAACAAGAACAUAUCAGAAUUAAGAGAGAAGAUUUAGAUGUGAAGCAUACACUGAGCUAUAAUCAGAGACAGCUGAAAGACUUGAAAGAUAGUAAAACUGAUCAACUGAAAAGAUUUGGUCCUCAUGUUCCAGCUCUUCUGGAAGCAAUAGACGAUGCUUACAGACGGGGACAUUUUACCCAUAAGCCUAUCGGCCCUUUAGGUGCUUGCAUUCAUCUACGAGACCCUGAGCUUGCUUUGGCUGUUGAAUCUUGCUUAAAAGGACUUCUGCAAGCCUACUGUUGCCAUAAUCAUUCUGAUGAGAGAGUGCUUCAGUCAUUGAUGAAAAAGUUUUAUCCAUCAGGGACUUCUCGGCCACAGAUAAUAGUUUCUGAAUUUCGGAAUGAGGUGUAUGAUGUAAGACUCAGAGCUGCUCAUCAUCCAGAGUUUCCAACGGUUCUGACAGCUUUAGAAAUAGACAAUGCUGUUGUUGCAAAUAGCCUAAUUGACAUGAGGGGCAUAGAGACAGUGCUGCUAAUCAAAAAUAAUUCUGUAGCUCGUACAGUCAUGCAGUCCCAAAAGCCACCCAAAAAUUGUAGAGAAGCUUUUACUGCUGAUGGUGAUCAAGUUUUUGCAGGACGUUAUUAUUCAUCUGAAAACACAAGGCCUAAAUUCCUAAGCAAAGACGUGGAUUCUGAAAUAAGUGAGUUGGAGAAUGAGAUUGAAAAUAAGAAGGCCCAGAUAGUAAAUCUUCAACAGCAUCUGUCUGCCCUUGAGAAGGAUAUUAAACGUAAUGAAGAACUUCUUAAAAGAUGCCAGCUACAUGAUAAAGAAAUAAAGAUGAAAAUAAGAAAAAAUAUUUCUGAAAUCCGGGAACUUGAGAAUAUAGAAGAACACCAGUCUGUAGAUAUUGCAACCUUGGAAGAUGAAGCUGAAGAAAAUAAAAUAAAGAUGCAAAUGGUUGAGAAAAAUAUGGAGCAACAAAAAGCAAACAUGGAAAACCUUAAAAGUCUAAAAAUAGAAGCAGAAAACAAGUAUGAUGCAAUUAAAUUGAAAAUUAAUCAGCUGUCUGAUCUAGCAGAUCCACUUAAGGAUGAAUUAAAUCUUGCUGACUCUGAAGUGGAUAGCCAGAAACGAGGAAAGCAGCAUUAUGAAGAUAAGCAAAAAGAGCAUUUGGACACCUUAAAUAAAAAGAGGCGCGAACUGGACAUGAAAGAAAAGGAGCUACAGGAGAAAAUGUCACAAGCAAGACAGAUCUGCCCAGAACGAAUAGAAGUGAAAAAAUCUGCAUCAAUUCUAGACAAAGAAAUUAAUCGAUUAAGACAAAAAAUACAGGCAGAACAUGCUAGUCAUGGAGAUCGGGAGGAAAUAAUGAAGCAGUACCAGGAAGCAAGAGAAACCUAUCUUGAUCUGGAUAAUAAAGUAAGGACUCUAAGAAGAUUCAUUAAAUUACUAGAAGAAAUAAUGACUCAUAGGUACAAAACAUACCAACAGUUUAGAAGGUGUUUGACGUUACGAUGCAAAUUAUACUUUGACAACUUAUUAUCUCAGCGGGCCUAUUGUGGAAAAAUGAAUUUCGACCACAAGAAUGAAACACUUACUAUAUCAGUUCAGCCUGGAGAGGGAAAUAAAGCUUCCUUCAAUGACAUGCGAGCUUUAUCUGGAGGUGAACGUUCUUUCUCCACAGUCUGCUUCAUUCUUUCCCUCUGGUCCAUUGCUGAAUCUCCUUUCAGAUGCCUGGAUGAGUUUGAUGUCUACAUGGAUAUGGUUAAUAGGAGAAUUGCGAUGGACAUGAUACUUAAAAUGGCAGAUUCCCAACGUUUUAGACAAUUUAUCUUGCUUACUCCUCAAAGCAUGAGCUCACUUCCUUCAAGUAAACUGAUUAGAAUUCUUCGAAUGUCUGAUCCUGAAAGAGGGCAAACAACACUGCCUUUCCGACCUGUGACUCAAGAAGAAGAUGACAACCAAAGUCGAUAAUCUAAUACAUCCUGUUCUCAUGUUGAAAUAUUUGUGAGAGGAGAAAAAUCUGGACUGUUGGAUGAGAAAAAAUUGAUACGAGAUAUUCUAAAAGAAGCUCCUUACAUCUGACCACCAUAAAUUGUAAAUAAGCCUAGAAAGCCAGCUGCAACCAACAAUUUAAAAUUGCUAUUACUUUGUGAAAAGUAAUUUCAUAAUACUGGUUUUAAAUCUUUUUGUUUGCUUUGGAGUUUCUGUGUUUUCUUUGUUUUUACCAUCUACUUUUAUAAAUUUUUUCAGAAGUAAAAUUUUGUACAUAUGCACAUGUACAUAUCUGUUUAGUUUGGGUUCAUUUCUAUAGUAUUUUAUAAGAAUUAAAAUAAAAGUUUGAGCACC